GGCAAACUGACAUAUCAACAUUGAAAUCUCUUUAUGCUUUUGUAGCAGAGAUUAUUUAAAAUUAUAUUUAUUUUAUAUGUGUGUAGGAGAGAGGGGCAACUACAGAACAUGUGAAGGUCAUAGGAAACUUUGUGGAGUUGGUUCUCUCCUUCCAACUUGACAUGGUUUCCAGGAACUGAACCCAGGUGAGCAGGCUUGCGUUGCAAGCACUUUUACCUGCAGCGCCGUUUCACAGGCCCAGGUAGGAAGAGUUUCACCAAUGUUCAAAGUUAUGUAUUACACUGUUACUCCUAAGGAACCCCUGGGACUGUUCUACAUUUCCAUCAAUGAGGGAAUGUUUAAAUGAAUUAUCAUACCUUUGGAUGCCUUAGUAUGACAACUCCACUAAACAGUGGAUUUAUAUGGAAAGACCUCCAUUGUUUAUUGGCAUACGGCCAUGUGGAAAAAGGAAAUGGCACAUAGUAUGUUGAACAUCAUCUUAUUUAUGUAUAUACUAUUAAUGGUAACAACUUGCUACAGAGAUGAAAUUACCUAGUUAUAACAUAGUCCCAUUGCUCUAGGCUUGAGAAAGGAAUGAAGAAUAAGAAAUGAGAGAAAAAAAUUAAAAGGGAUAAGGAAGAGGUACUAGAAAACAGAGAAGUCCAAAAUUUUAACUGUACAUUCUGAGUUUGCAGCUGGGCUAUGGACUUGCUGGUUGGGUAAUUAUCAGUAGGUUUUCUUCCCCCUCCCAAGCCUUAGUUUCCUUAUCUGUAACACAGAGAUAACAGUGCCUCUGUCUUAAGGCUCUUAUGUGGCUACGUCAUCGAUGUAAAGCAAUUACCAGCGUGGGGUACAGAGUAAUGACCUAAUGACACUAAAUCAACACUAGCUGGUAUUAAUGACUAGGCACUCUGCCAAAUGUUCAUACAUUUAUUGAAGUGAUGCAACAUCUUUUGAACUGACAUGGCUUCCCAUGGAGGCUGGCAGCUAGAACGCUUAAGAGCACAUGUAUUUUAGGUCUGACUUCAGGACCCUCUCCACUUACUAGCCUUUCUGGACUUUACUGCUGCACUUUAUGGCUGAGGGAAGGGAAGGUUCAGAGGUGUGAUUCUGCCGAAGGUGCCCUGGCUCUAUAUGGAUGAUCUGAUCUCAAAAUCAAAUGAGGGAGAAGAGGAAGAAAAUAGAAAGGGGAAAGGAUACCGCGAGUGAUAAAGUGAAAGGAGACUACUUGGGUUUUUAUCUUCAGCAGAGACCAGACACCUUAGGGCCAAGGCAGAAGGCGGGGUGGGCGGGGCUGAGCCAGAGGCAGGGGUAAACCGGGCGUCCUAGCCCGCAGCACUCACCGUCUUUGCUUCGUCCUCAGUGCAGGGCAACAGGACUUUGGGCUCAAGAUGGUGGCAGCAGCUGUGUUGCUACGGUCCUGCCCAGUGCUCUCUCGGGGCCCCACAGGCGUCCUAGGCAAAGCGGCUAAGACUUACCAGUUUCUAUUUGGUAUUGGACGCUGCCCCAUCCUGGCCACCUAUGGACCAACCUGCUCUCAAAUCCACCUUAAGGCAACCAAGGCUGGAGGAGACUCUCCAUCUUGGGCCAAGAGCCAUUGUCCUUUCAUGAUGUCAGAACUCCAAGAUGGGAAGAGCAAGAUUGUGCAGAAGGCAGCUCCAGAAGUCCAAGAGGAUGUCAAGACUUUCAAGACAGACCUGCUGAGCUCCUUGGAUUCAACCAUCCCAAGCCAACCAUUCCCUAGUUUCCAGGAUCCAGAGCAGAUUGAAGGGGCAAUUACACACCUGAUUCAGAACAACAUGACUGGAAGCCAGGUCUUCGGUUAUGAUCAGUUUUUCAGAGACAAGAUCAUGGAGAAGAAAAAGGACCACACCUACCGUGUGUUCAAGACUGUGAAUCGCUGGGCUGAUGCCUACCCCUUUGCCCAACACUUCUCCGAGGCAUCUAUGGCCUCCAAGGAUGUUUCAGUCUGGUGUAGUAAUGACUAUUUGGGCGUAAGCAGGCACCCUCGUGUCUUGCAGGCCAUACAGGAGACCCUGCAGAAUCAUGGAGCUGGAGCUGGUGGUACUCGCAAUAUCUCCGGUACCAGCAAGUUUCAUGUAGAACUUGAACAGGAGCUGGCUGAACUGCACCGGAAGGACUCAGCCCUGCUCUUCUCCUCCUGUUUUGUGGCGAACGAUUCUACUCUCUUUACACUGGCCAAGCUUCUGCCAGGGUGCGAGAUCUACUCCGAUGCAGGCAAUCAUGCUUCCAUGAUCCAAGGUAUUCGCAAUAGUGGUGUAGCCAAGUUUGUCUUCAGGCACAAUGACCCAGACCACCUGAAGAAACUUCUUGAGAAGUCUAAUCCCAAGACACCCAAAAUUGUGGCCUUUGAGACUGUUCACUCCAUGGAUGGUGCCAUCUGUCCUCUGGAGGAACUGUGUGAUGUGGCCCACCAGUAUGGGGCCCUGACCUUCGUGGAUGAAGUCCAUGCUGUAGGACUGUAUGGAACCCGGGGUGCAGGGAUUGGGGAGCGUGAUGGAAUUAUGCACAAGCUUGACAUCAUCUCUGGAACUCUUGGCAAGGCCUUCGGCUGCGUCGGUGGCUAUAUCGCCAGCACUCGGGACUUGGUGGACAUGGUGCGCUCCUAUGCUGCAGGCUUCAUCUUUACCACUUCACUGCCUCCAAUGGUGCUCUCUGGGGCUCUAGAAUCUGUGCGUCUACUCAAGGGAGAGGAGGGGCAAGCCCUGAGGCGGGCACACCAGCGCAAUGUCAAGCAUAUGCGCCAGCUACUAAUGGACAGGGGCUUUCCCGUCAUCCCCUGCCCCAGCCACAUCAUCCCCAUCAGGGUAGGUGAUGCGGCACUCAACAGCAAGCUCUGUGAUCUCCUGCUCUCCAAGCACAGCAUCUAUGUGCAGGCCAUCAACUACCCAACUGUGCCUCGGGGUGAGGAGCUGCUGCGCUUGGCACCCUCCCCCCACCACAGCCCUCAGAUGAUGGAAAACUUUGUGGAGAAGCUGCUGCUAGCCUGGACUGAGGUGGGGCUGCCCCUCCAGGAUGUGUCUGUGGCUGCAUGCAAUUUCUGUCAUCGUCCUGUACACUUUGAGCUUAUGAGUGAGUGGGAGCGAUCCUACUUUGGGAACAUGGGGCCCCAAUAUGUUACCACCUAUGCCUAAGAAGCCAGCUGCCUUGGAUGCCCACACCACCUGCACUCCAUUUGGGGCUGGGUUUCUUCUAUUCUCUGCUUUGUUGUGUGCUUCUAGCUGAUUGGAUUCUGAAAAUAAAGAGCAACCUGAAGCAUUCGUA